CAGACACCAGUGCUUCUGUCCGUCCCUCCCCCAGCCAGGGCUGCCUGGGGGAAAGAGCAGUUCUGGGUGCCCACAACCCCGGCAUCCCAGCCCACCACAAGGUGGAGAGGCCAGGUGGGCGAGGUGGGCGGGGAGCAGAGAGAAGGGGCCGACCAGCCCUCGGUCCAGGGGCUCGGAGCCCCCACGACUCGGCUUCCGUCUCCACUUCCCUUUCUGUCUGCUGGCUGCCGCCGUGAACCACAGCACAACAGCAGCAUGAGCUCACCUCAGGCGGGUCCAGGCGCCUCCUAAGACCAUGCUGCUCCUUGUGGCCCUGAUGUCCUCGCUGCUGGGCGGGUCCGGAGCCUGGCUGCACGGUUACAAGAUUACUGUGGAGAGGUCGGUGACCGUGCAGGAGGGCCUGUGCAUCCUCGUGCCCUGCACCUUCUCCUACCCUGAGGACUCCCAGAACUUUUACCCAGUGUAUGGCUACUGGUUCAAAGAACCAACCAACACAGAGUCUGGAAAUCCCGUGGCCACGAACCGCCCAGACAAAGAUCUGCUCCCAAGCGCGGAAGGCCGAUUCCGGCUGGAGGGGGAUCCCCGCGAAAAGAACUGCGCCCUGCUGAUCAGAGACGCACAGCGGAGGGACCAGGGGCCGUACUUCUUCCGGGUGGAGAAGGGCAUUGCAGUGAGAUACAAUUUCAAGGAAAACAAGGUCUUGCUAACAGUGACAGGCCUGACUCAGAAGCCGGAUGUCUUCGUUCCUGAGAUCUUGGUGGCCGGGCAGCCCGUGACAGCGCUCUGCGUGUUUAACUGGACCUCCGAGCAAUGUCCAGUCCCUGCCUUCUCCUGGGCAGGGUCCGCCCUGGACUGGGAAGGAAUCCGGGUACCAGGCGCCCCCUACUCCUUGCUCAGGCUCACACCAGGCCCCCAGGACCAGGACUCUGAGCUCACCUGCCGAGUGGACUUAAGGCGUGGCCUGAACGCUCAGAGGACAGUCAGGCUGAGCGUGACCUAUUCCCCCCAACAUCCUGUGAUCAGCAUUUCCCAGGACAACGGGGCAGCCCAGGAGAUGCAAGAAAAUAUCCCAUACGUGGAAGUCCACAAGGACCAGCUCGUCUGGCUCCUCUGUGAUGCUGACAGCCGGCCCCCUGCCACACUGACCUGGGAGCUGGGGGGCAGAGUCGUUUCUGAGUCCCCUCCCUCAGGACCCAGACCCCUAAGGCUGGAGCUGCCCAGGGUGAAGCCUGAGGAUGCGGGGCGCUACACCUGCCUAGCGGAGAGCAGCCUGGGCUCCAAGCACCGCACCCUGGACCUCUCAGUGCAGUAUCCUCCUGAGGACCUGAGAGUGACGGUUACCCAAGCAAACAGCACAGUCCUGGAAAUCCUGGGGAACGGCACCUCCCUGCCUGUCCUGGAGGGCCAGAGCCUGCGCCUGGUGUGCAUCACCCACAGCAAGCCCCCAGCCACAUUGAACUGGAUCUUGGGGACACAGGCUCUGAAUCCCUCCUGGCUGACCGCCCCUGGGGUCCUGGAGCUGUCCCGGGUGCAGCUGGAGCAUGAAGGGGAAGUCACCUGCCAUGCGGAGAACCCACUGGGCUCCCACAGUGUCUCUCUGCGCCUCUCUGUGCACUAUGCCCCCCAGGUGCUGGGCCCCACGUGCUCCUGGGAGGCCGCGGGUCUGCACUGCAGCUGCUGGUCCAGGGCCCGGCCAGCCCCGUCCCUGCGCUGGUGGCUCGGGCAGGGACUGCUGGAGGGGAACAGCAGCAACGCCUCCUUCAUGGUCACCUCUAGUGCCUCCGGGCCCUGGGCCAACAGCUCCCUGAGCCUCCCAGCGGGGCUGAGUUCCGGCCUCAGGCUCAGCUGCGAGGCACAGAAUGUGCAUGGGGUGCACAGCGCCACUGUUCUGCUGCUGCCAGACGAGACGCCCAGCUCCACUGCCUUCUCCAGGGGAGUGCUCGUGGGAGUCUGCAGCACGGCUCUCCUUUCCCUCUGCCUCAUCUUCCUCCUCAUGAAGGUGCGGAGGACCACACACUCCCAGGUGGCCACCCCGGAGCCCAAGUUCUCCCGGAGCAGCACCAUCCUGGAUUACAUCAAUGUGGUCCCGAAAGCUGGGGCCCUGGCUCGGAAUCGGAAGGCCAAGCCAAGCAACCCUUCUCAGACCCUCUCUCGGGAAACUCACUCCCCACUCCCGGAGAAGAACCGAGCAGAACAACCUGUGGUUUCCCUUGGCUCCCCAGAGCCCAAGCCAUACGCGGGCCCCCCAGACUCUGAGAUCAGCCCUGACGGGCUCCACUAUGCUAUUGUCAACUUCCCAGGCCGCAGACCAUGGGACACCCAGCCGCCCAAGGGUACCCAAGAAGAGUAUGCAGAAAUCAAGUUCUACCAGGGAUCUUCUGAGCUUUAGACUUGGGCCUCAGCUGGGAAAAAAGGGUAAUAAAUAGGU